CGGUCGCAGCACGAAAGGUGACGCAUGCCGCACGACGCGACGUACAACUCAUUCUGCAUCUUGGCUAUUUUUGUGAUUAGAUUUCUAGAACAGCACGCUGUGAAGCACAUUAGAAUAAAGCCACUGCCGCAGUCUGCAAUAGGGAAAACCAUAUAAUCAUACAUAUUUGAGCAAAAGUGAAUGCAAGUGAAAGCUAUAUUUUGUGCAUAAACACACACAUUUUCAUAAAAAACUAGGUCAAGUGCAUUUAUGUGUACAAAAGUGACCUAAAUAAUAGUGAAAUUUGUAUCAAAGUGAUGGAAAACUGCUGAAAACUGACAGCAGGAAAACAUAUGCAAACGAAAAUUGCAGUUACCAGAGCUGCGAGACCACUUCCGUGUAAACAACUGGCGAGCCAUUGGUCUGGCAUCUCUUCUGAAAACAGAACAGCUGGAGCAACAACAAAAUGAGUCAAUGUCUACCAGUAAACGCGAAGAUGUCGAAAGCGAAGAAAGUUUUGGAUGAGGCCCGGGAAACGCAAAACCGGGAACUGGAUCUGGUUGAGAAGGGUCUCACCUCCUUCGAGGAGCUGCCUGGACUGUUCAACAUGUCCAAUAUCACCCGACUCACGCUGUCGCACAAUAAAAUCAGUGUCAUCAAUCCGGGAAUCGCAAAUCUGCUGAAUUUGGAGAUCCUGAACCUCUCUAACAACCAGCUAGCCGAGCUCCCGGUUUCGCUAUCGUCCAUGCCAAAGCUGCGCAUCCUGAAUGUGUCCAUUAAUCGACUGGUGAACCUACCGCGUGGCUUCGGCGCCUUUCCCGUGCUGGAGGUCCUCGAUUUGUCGUACAACAAUCUUAGCGAGCAAGUGCUGCCCGGCAACUUCUUUGGCAUGGAGACGCUGCGCGCCCUGUAUCUGGGCGACAACGACUUUGAGUAUAUACCCAAGGAGCUGGGCCAACUGAAGAAUCUGCAGAUACUUGGCUUGCGGGACAACGACCUUUUGGAGCUGCCGCGGGAGAUUGGGGAGUUGGCGCGUCUGCGGGAGCUGCAUAUCCAAAACAACAGGUUGCAGGUCCUUCCGCCCGAGGUGGCUCAGCUGGAUCUGUUGAGCAACAAGUCGGUGAUGAAAAUGGAGGAGAAUCCCUGGGUGAAUCCGAUUGCCGAGCAGUAUCUUUUGGGCAUCAGUCACGUGAUUGAUUACCUCAAAACAGAGACCUACAAAAUCAUCUACAAUCGCCACAUGCAGGCCGGACGCAGCGGACCACCUCCACCGAAGGCGGACAAGAGCAAGAAGGCCUCUCGAAUACGCGCAUAGUUGCUGCAGCCCCAAAUGGCUUCGGCCAGCAGAGUCCUCUAACUAAAUUGUGUUCGUCUCUUUCGUCGUUAACCAAAACCGUUCUUUGUAUACUAAUUUUUAAGUAUUUGUAACCUAUUGACCUACAGUGCCUUCAACAUUUUGCUAACUAAUAUUAAAAAUGAUUUAAAAAUGUA